CAAAUCUCGGCUCUUUCCGGUCAGGACGUGACGUCACGGCAGGACCGGUCGUCGUGUGUUGGUUUGCGGACUGGGGGGCCCCGUUGGGGUCGGGACAGGAGCGAAAGCCCACCGGGACGACAGAAAACACCACCAAGACCAAGUUCCGGUCAGAAGCCGAAGGUGACGUCACGUCAGUGGAACGUCUUCGAGGUGUCCCCGCGAGUCGAACGGGGUGGGGGGGCCCUGGCUCACGUUUCAACAGGCGUCGUCCACCCCAAAAAAGAAGAAAUAAAUUAAAAAAAAAAACACCGGGUCGGAACCGCCCUGCUCGGGCCCAAAUGGCUCCGUCGAGAGACGACACGGCUGGGGGCGGCGGCGGCGUCGGCGUCUGACGAACAACGCGAAGGGGGGGGGGGGGAAGGACGAUGGCGACGACGCGAAGACGAGCAAAGCUGCUGGAAAGCUGCUGUUUGCUGCUCCUGCUGAGCGGAAGUGGUCAGAGCGGAGACUCCCGGCAGCAGACGCGGCACCUGUCCUCCUAUCAGCUGACGGUGCCUCGGCCAAUAGGAGGCCGGCCGAGGAGGGAUGCCGACGGCUCGCCGCCCGACCAGGUGUCGUACGCCGUCGACGUGUCGGGACGCCGCCACGUCGUCCGUCUGCAGAGGAACCGGUUGUUGCUUCCUGCCGACUUCAAAGUGUUCACGUACGCCGACGACGGAAAAAUGGUCACCGCCGUGCCGGCUGUCAAGAACCACUGCCAUUACGGGGGCUUCGUGGAGGGCAUGGUGGGCUCGUCUGUCGCCAUGAGCAUUUGUCACGGCCUCAGAGGCGUGAUGCACCUCGACGACGACAGCUACGCCAUUGAGCCUCUGGACUCCGCCCCCGAGCAGCACCUGCUGUACCGCUUACAGGAUGUGACAUCGCAGCCCCGAGGAUGCGGGACGCCGCAUCCCCACCACCGCGCACGAGGGGCAACGUCGGCGCAGGAAAUCCAGCGGCGCGCCAGGGUGAAGCGAGAUGUCCUCCACCGCACGCACUACGUCGAGCUCCUGCUGGUGGUGGACAACGAGCGGUACAAAAGCAUGAACCGGAACCAGAGCGCGGUGAGGGAGGAGAUGGUUCAUCUGGCCAACUUCCUCGAUGCCAUCUACGUGCAGCUGAAUGUGAGGGUGGUCCUGGUGGGCCUGGAGAUCUGGACCCGGCGGAACCUGAUCAGCACCGAAGGGGGGGCCGGCGAGGUGCUCAGUCGCUUCACCCAGUGGAGGGAGAAGGAACUGCUGCCUCGGCGGCGACACGACUCGGCGCAGCUCGUACUCAUGAAGAGUUUUGGGGUGACGGCAGGGAUGGCGUUCGUCUCCACCGUCUGUUCGAGAAGUCACGGUGGCGGAAUUAAUGCGUUCACAAACAACAACGUGUUUGCCUUCGCCUCCAUCGUGGCGCACGAGCUGGGUCACAACCUCGGCAUGAACCACGACGACAGCCGAAGCUGCGUCUGCCCCGCGGAAGCGUGCAUCAUGAACUCCGGAGCCACAGGUUCGCGCAACUUCAGCAGCUGCAGCGCCGACGACUUUGAGAAGAUGCUGCUCCGCACGGGCGGCUCGUGCCUGCUCAACGUGCCGCGGCCCGACGAGGCCUACAGCGCCCCCUACUGCGGCAACGGCCUGCUGGACCCGGGCGAGGACUGCGACUGCGGAUCGGCGAAGGAGUGCGAGAGCGACCCCUGCUGCGAGUUCUCCACGUGCCGGCUGAAGGCGGGAGCCCAGUGCGCCGACGGCGAGUGCUGCUACAACUGUCGGUUCCGACCCGGCGGGACGGUGUGUCGCGCCGGCACCGACGAGUGCGACCUGCCCGAGUUCUGCAACGGCUCGUCGUCUCUCUGUCAGAGCGACGUCUUUGUGCAGAACGGUCAACCGUGUCGGAACGGGCAGGCGUACUGUUACAACGGCCGCUGUCAGCACGCCGGAGAGCAGUGCAGGAGCAUCUUCGGGGCAAAAGCCAAGGUGGCGCCGGAGAUCUGCUUCAAAGACGUCAACAGCAAAGGCGAUCGCUUCGGGAACUGCGGGUACCAAAACUACGGCUACAAAAAGUGUGAGAGCAGGAACGCUUUGUGCGGCAAGCUGCAGUGCGCCAACGUGCGGGGCGUCAAAGCGUUCGGCGUGCAGCCGUCCGUCAUCAGCACGCCCAUCGGGGGCGCCGUGUGCUCCGGGGUGGACUUCAUGCUGGGCUCGGACGUGCCCGACCCCGCCAUGGUCAACGAGGGCACCCGCUGCGGCCCGGACAAGGUGUGUCUGAACUUUGAGUGUCGCAGCGUGGACGUCCUCAACUUUGACUGCGAUGCCCACAACAAGUGCCACGGCCACGGGGUGUGCAACAACAACCGCAACUGUCACUGCGAGGCCGGCUGGGCUCCGCCCUUCUGCGAGCUGGCGGGUUACGGCGGCAGCGUGGACAGCGGCCCCGCCUGGAACGACCGCGACCAUUCGCUUCGGGACGGCCUGCUGGUCUUCUUCUUCCUGUUGGUCCCCGCGGGCGCGCUGGCCGCCCUGGCCGUGCUGCGCCGGAAGCAGCUGCUGCGGCGACUGGGCCUGACGCGCACGGGCCGUUCUCGGGCCUACCGGUCCGAGGCGGCGGCGCCGGCCGAUCCGGGCGCAGGACCGCCUCCCGGGGCCCGGCCGCCUCUGGUCGCCCGCGGCAACUCCGACGGCAUCCUCAGAGACCCGCAUCACAGUCAGCUGCUGCCGCCCCGCGAGGUGGCGGAGACCGGCAGAAGCGCGACGUCGUUCGCCGCGAGGCCUCCGCCGCCCCCUCUGAAACCAAAACCGUGCGGCACGGCGAAGCCUCUGAUGCCCCAACGACCCGCCCCUCCGCCGCCCGUGUAACCGCCUCCUCUACCGGGAUUCCGCCCGCCCGCUCGCCCGAACCCGACUCGGGUGGCUCUGGGACCGGAACGAUCAGAUGUGAUUCCGGCUCCAUUUAGCACGCUGGCUAAUUAGCGUUUGCCGGGUAGCGGCCGAUGGCGAGGCGCGUUUGAGCGCUGCUGCUCUCUGAUUGGCCGUUUUGAAGACGGCGACACCACUAGCGCAGGAAGCGCAGCCUGCGUGAUUUUUGUUUGGAUUGGUUUUACGGCAGCGCUCCCCGACCUGCGAUGGGCCGCGAGGAGGGAGCGGACCCCCCCCCAAAAAAAAAAAAAAAAACAGUCGAAAAUGAGAUGCAUCGGCCUCUGCCGAACGUGUCGAAAGGCAACCUGGCAAAAAUGGGGGGGGCGGUCGGGGGGGGGGGACAAGACUGACGGAGAAAGGAGGAGACAACCACUUUGGAGAAAGCGGGUCAGAAGGGACGACGUUGGCCAACCUUCCGUUUUCGGCCUUAAAAAUCAGCAGAUCUCAAACAAUACUCACAUCAUCGCACUGAAAAGUCUCAAAUUGUGACGGUGACGGGCGGGGACAUCGAGCUCGUGCACCUACGUCAUCAAAUCGCGUGACUUUCGUUUACGUCGCCAUGUUGCCGGUCGAGCUAAGCAUUGCUCCGUGCCGAGUCGCCGGGAGACCGCACGGAAACACGCCCCCGAGUCUCGUCCCAUACCGUCGAGACGUUUCGAAGGUUCAAAAAGGAAUCGCGGGACGUGGGAAAAAUUAGAUCAACUCGGCGUAGAGGACCCGUAUUUCAUUGGCGAAGUCGCCGAUGAGAAAGUGGACUGUUAAUUCGCUUCCGCUUGUCUUGGACAACUCGAUCCGGACGGAAAAGUCUGGGCGCACACAAAUCCCUCCUGGAUUGGAUCAGGAAGAAAUCCAUCGAUCCUUUCAGCUCGUGGUCAAUACAAAUACCAAUAUUUCAAUGAAUGAAUGACCCCUGGUUUGACACAAACUCGCUCGCAUUCGUUUAACUACGAUUGGGGGGAAAGAAAAACGGACGGAGCGGUCUCCACGGAACGUACACGGAAGCGAUUGCGGCCACACUUAACCUCCGUAAACGUUUUUUUAAUACGCAUUGUUCUCAAUGAGCCAACUUGCCAUUAGAAAUACUUUUGGGGAAUUUGAGAUUGAGAAGAAUAAUUCCUACCUGAAAUGAAGCGAUCGCGACACGGGCGCGUGCGCGUUUUCCUUGGCCCCCAUCCGUCACGUUUAAUUGGCCAAAUCCAUCCAUCUUUUCUGGUCUUUUUUUUUCAGCUGCGGAUUCCAUAGAAUCACCUCUUUGAAGAUCACGCACGACGCCGAGCGGCUCCGUUUGACUGCCGACACGGCGCCGGGAAAAUGCCGACGUCACGUGCACGAGCUCGUACCGGCGCGCUAGGCCAAAUAUGGAUCGAAAAUGUCGUGAAAUUGCAGACGCUUUUGAAAAUGGGCAUGAUUCCAAUUUUAGUGCCGAAAAGAGCCGAUUUUGUUUGGAUUUGGUUGCACUUGUCUUGGCGCAUUUGUUGAAAAGUGAAAAAUAAUCUGAAUGUAAUGCGAUGCA